GAAGCAUAUCGCGAGCAAUUCCAGGUAGUCCGUAGUCUAUAUUCUUGAGUGAUACUCUCGGAAGAGUCCCCAAAUGCCAAACCCUAAACCACCCACCAAUCCAAUCGAUCUCUAAAUCGAUCAAGCGAUUGAUUGAUUGUUCAAUCAAGAUUCAGAAAAUGGAGACGAGCAUUAUGGAUUUCAUCGGCCAGGACCUCAUCGGCGUGAUGUCGCCGGUGUCAAUUUGUAUGCUACUGGUUGUGCUCCUUGUCUACGCCCUCACACCUUCCUCCCCUCUCCCCGUCAUCUCCCAGAUUCGCACGGCCGCCAACCUUGUUUACCUCGAGAGCGCCACCGAUACAACCGCGCAGAAACUUGAGGGCGCUCUCCUCAACGCCCUCGUCUUCGUCAUCUUCAUCGCCAUUGCUACCUUCAUUCUUGUCCUGCUCUACUACUACAAUUGCACUAACUUUCUGAAGAAUUACAUGCGAUUCUCUGUUUUUUUCGUGCUAUGUACAAUGGGUGGUUCGAUAUUUUUGUCCAUCAUUCAGCAUUUCUCAAUACCGAUAGAUUCUGUUACUUGUUUUAUCUUGUUGUUCAAUUUUACAAUCUUGGGUGUGUUAUCAGUCUUUGGGGGUGGGAUUCCAAUUUUUUUGAGGCAAUGUUAUAUGGUGGCAAUAGGGAUAAUUACAGCAGCUUGGUUUACAAAGUUGCCUGAAUGGACUACCUGGGUUUUGUUAGUGGCCUUGGCUUUGUAUGAUUUGGUAGCAGUUUUGGCUCCUGGUGGACCACUUAAGCUGUUGGUGGAGCUGGCCUCAACACGAGACGAGGAGCUCCCUGCAUUAGUUUAUGAAGCCCGGCCUACCGUUUCCCGGAACCUAGGAAAUCAGAGGACAAGUUUGGGGCUCUUGGUUGGUGGGGUUUCAGAUUCUGGGUCAGUGGAGCUGCAGGCUGUCUCACAACAAAAUUUGGAUCAGCAUGAUGUUGAACACCGGCAUAAUUUUAGUUAUACUUCUGUCGAGGUUGAAAAUUUGCGGAAUGAGGAAGUUGAGAGGUCACCGUUGGUGGGUAGUUCACAGGGACGGCAUUCGUCAAGCAGUGCUUCAUCAGAGUUUUCGACAGUGAUUGGUAAUCGGGAGUCUGAGAUUGUCAAUGAGGAAAUGUCUCCUUUGGUUGACAUGUUGAGAUCGGAAAAUGGGAGGGAACAACAGUCAAGGGACAUGGAGAACUCUGCGAUAGCUGAUAGAGGUAUCAAACUUGGCCUUGGUGACUUUAUUUUCUACAGUGUUCUGGUCGGUAGGGCUGCAAUGUAUGAUCUAAUGACAGUAUAUGCUUGUUAUCUUGCAAUCAUAUCUGGACUUGGAUGCACGCUUAUUUUGCUGUCUGUGUGCCGCCGUGCUCUGCCUGCCCUCCCUAUAUCGAUUGCUCUGGGUGUAUUGUUUUACUUCUUGACUCGGUUAUUGAUGGAACCUUUUGUUGUUGGGACAACAACAAAUCUUGUGAUGUUCUGAUAUUUUAUUUUUUGAGAAGGAAAAGGAAGAAGUUAGUUUUUUGUAGGCAUGGAGGUUUGUAUAGAUUCAUCUCUAUGGGCUGUCACUCCUCUCAUCUCAUGUCACCCUCUCAUGCAUAUUCCGUAGUUCAGACUUCAGACAAAGUAUCCAACUUGAAGAAGAAAAUCUGGAACUGAUUGAAAUGUAAUCUGUGACUGGAUUCUGGGUUUAACAUCUUCGAAAUGUAGAAACUUUUCCAUUUAGUUAUACCUGGAAUGUUAUAUGAAAAAUGAGAGUGCAAUUCCGUUGUACUGCUGUUGCGCUUCUAUUGAAGUCAUCAAUCAGUAGAACUAUUGCACACCUCAUUUUGCAAGUGUAUCAGCAAAAUUUUCCCAUAUAUAAACAUAUACUUAUUUUAGUGGCUAUUGAGAGUGACUGAA